GAGACAUCUAUACAGUAUACAAUGCGUUACUCCAGCAUAGCCGAUAGCGUAGCUGCAGUUGCGUUUCCUGUACGCGUUAUUAGUUUCAUAGAUUUUUUCUCUCUAAAUCAUUAUUGAACACGAUCACAUUCGAGCACACUUAAGCCAUCUGCAGCGGUAGAAAUACUUUCAUACGCUCGAGAAGUUUUGGAUAAAAAAAAACAUGAGUGAAAUUAUCCAGCCUAUAGCUCCGUUUCAAAUCCAAUGGCCUCAAUCGCCUCCAAUUGCAGUACCACAACCAAUGGGUCCUAGUAGUACACAAACUGUAUGCACUAUUUGCGGAAAUUACAUUUAUACAAGUACAUCUAAGAAAGCCAAAUCUUCUGCUUGGUGGAGUUGUAUACUGAUGUGUUUCUGUGGAUGUUUUUGUGGAUGCUGUCUAAUUCCUUGCUGCAUGGACUCUUGCAAUGUUGUCAACCACAAAUGCCCAAAAUGUGACUCUUUUUUGGGACAGUACAGACCAUAAACUAAAAUACAACAAUAUGAGUUUAAACUUUAAACUAUACCUAAUUUUUUUUCUCCCUAUAUUAUUAUUUAUUAUAAAUGACAAUUGAAUACAGGUUGUUUUCAAUGUUUUGUGUGUUAUUUCAAUAAAAAAUAAUAAACUGUA